AUUAUAGUAUACAGCUGAUUAUUAGCACGGAUGUGCACAGAUUCGCCGCGAAUGAAUUUAUUCACAUCCGUAACGAGAAUUCAAAUUUUUAAAAAUUAUCUUAGUGUACUUAAAAAUAAACAAUUAAAUACUUUUACAAUUACACUUCUAAAACGAAAUGAAUGUGUAUUAAUCCUUCGAAAAUGAAAAGAGACAAAUUGCAAAAAAUGCAAAUGAAAUAAGCAGGUCUAUCUAUCUUUUACAUUUCCCGACUUAUUAUUGUAAAUCAAGUAGGCAUGCUGUGUCGCGCGAGCGUAUUCUAAUCACGGCACUGCGAAUUUACGAAUAGUAAUCCGCAAGUGCUUUACCGUUGGCUCGUCUUCAUGACGCAUUUACGACUAAAUCCUAUAAACAAGUUCCAAUCGAUGACUCGCAGAAAGUUCUUCGCCCGGACGAACGUAAUGAUAUUUUUUGUGCCGGUCGUGCUUAUAUUAGUCUUCCUGUGCGCGCGUUAUCCAGCUCGAGAAUGCUCGCCGGACGAACAUUUAAUUCUGGACAGUAAGCCCAAGUACAGACUCAUUAUUCUGAUUCUUAGCAGUCCGGAUAAUCUUGAACGCCGGGAUACCAUCAGGAAGACUUGGUUGACCGAUCGUAAUCACGAUGCCAUGAUGAGACAUUUCUUCGUCAUUGGCACCCAGGAUAUCCUGCCAGAGCAAAGAAACACCUUGCAGUCGGAGAAGGAAAAGUUCGAUGAUCUGUUGUUAUUGCCUCGAUUGCAAGAUUCUUAUGGCAUAUUGACAAAGAAAGUCCUCUAUGCUCUUAAAGGCAUCUAUGAGCGUUACAACUUUGACUUCUUGUUGAAAUGUGAUGAUGAUUCUUAUGUCUUAGUACACAAGAUUCUGAAAGAGCUGGACAAGUGGCAGAACAAAGGUACUAGGAGGGAGCUCUAUUGGGGUUUCUUUAAUGGACGAGCGCAAGUGAAGAGAAGCGGUCCUUGGAAAGAGAUGGAUUGGAUUCUUUGCGAUUAUUAUCUUCCUUAUGCCCUGGGUGGUGGAUACAUCUUGUCUUACAAUCUUGUUAAGUUUAUCGCCACUAAUGCAGAUAUCCUAAAAUUGCAAAAUUCUGAAGACAUCUCUGUUGGUCUCUGGCUAGCACCAUUGGCGAAUAUUGAAAGGAAACAUGAUGUACGCUUCGAUACCGAAUACAGAUCGCGCGGUUGCUCCAAUCAAUAUAUAAUCACGCACAAGCAAACUAUUCAAAGUAUGAGGAGCAUACACGAGUAUUACCAAACCUCUGGUAUGCUAUGUUCCAAAGAAGUGAGGAAUCGUAUGAGUUAUCAAUACAAUUGGACUGCACCACCCAGUCAGUGCUGCAAUAGACAAUCCGGUAUCCCUUAAUGUAAAAGAAAGAAAAUUUCUGCAAUAUCCUAGUCUGGUUUUUUGAGAUAUUUGCUCAAAAAAUAUCUAUUUAUUUUGCAUAUUUAUAAUGACAUGCCAUAUAAAAAUAUUCUAUUUAUAUUCUAAUUUAUGCGUUUGUUAAGAUGCUUAUAUAUAAAUAUUAAAUGCCAUAAAAUCAUCAGUUUCUUAAGGAUGUAUUCUAAGCAGUAUUAUUGAGUAUGGAGAGACAAUUGCAGAUUCCAAUCACGAU